GUAUACGACCACCAAAUGGAAUUUGAGGGAGGAGUGUUGUUACCAUUGUUUCACGAGCAUCCUAUGAUGCCUUGGAAUGAUCUGAGGAGAGGUGAGUGUUGUGGGAGAUAUGAAUCACAGAGUGACGGCUACUAUUGUAAACUCUGUGUCUUUUUCGUCCACAAGAAAUGUGGCAACAACGAGCUCUCUCAAUUCAUCGACCACCCAUCUCACCCCAAUCACACUCUCCAGCUUCGACAUGAUAAAGGAGGUAACAUAUGUGAUUUAUGUGGUUGGAAAAUCGCAAAGCUAUGCUAUCGUUGUCAGAUGUGUGACUUCGACUUGGAUCUACACUGUGCCAAGUACCCACCACCAGAUGUUAUUGACAAUUUUGAGACUCAUCCCCACAAGCUCACACUUGUCAAGGAACCGAUUUUGUUCAACUGUUCUGCUAAAUGCGGGAAGGCUAGUGUUGGACUUACUUACAAAUGUGAUGAAUGCGAUGUAGCCUUCCACGUGGAUUGUGUAUGGCACCCAGCAACAGAUCAUCCGACAGAGGUAAACCAUCCUUACCACUCCUUGCAUCCUCUUAAGCUCCUCACAGGUCCGCCACCGGACUAUUCUGAUGGUAAAUGUCGUCUUUGCGGAACAGAGAUUGACAAAGAAUUGUUUUAUAAUUGUUCUUCUUGCAACUUCACACUGGAUAUGCCUUGUGUUUUGAACCCACCACAAAAAUCUCUUGUUGAUCCGAAAGUGCAUGAUCACCAACUCACCCUUCUUCCACGACUCGAUUCUUUUACAUGUAAUGCUUGCGGUCUAAAAGGAGAUCGAAGCCCUUACGCAUGCUUUGAUUGUGGUUUCAUGAUCCAUCAAGACUGUCUUGGCCUUCCACGUGUCAUUAACAUCAACCGGCAUGAUCACCGUGUUUCUCGUACUUCCGUUCUUGAGCAAAUGGAAUCUGAGGGAGUGUGGUUACCAUUUCACGAGCAUCCUAUGAUGCCUUGGAAUGAUCUGAGGAGAGGUGAUUGUUGUGGAAGAUAUGAAUCACAGAGUGACGGCUACUAUUGUAAACUCUGUGUCUUUUUCGUGCACAAGAAAUGUGGCAACGACGAGCUCUCUGAAUUCAUCAACCACCCAUCUCACCCCGGGCACACUCUCGAGCUUCAACAUGAAUCAAGUAACAGAUGUGACUUUUGUCGUUGGAAAAUCUCAAAGCUAUUCUACCGUUGUGACAUGUGUGACUUCGACUUGGAUCUACACUGUGCCAAGCAACAACCACCAAAUGUUAUUGACAAUUUUGAGACCCAUCCCCACAAGCUCAUACUUCUCAAGAAAGGGACUAAGUUCGACUGUUCUGCUAAAUGCGGGAAGGCUAGUGGUGGACUUCCUUACAAAUGUGAUGAAUGCGAUGUAUCCUUCCACGUGGAUUGUGUAUGGAACCCAGCAAUAAAGCUAAAUUACUCACCAGAGGUAAACCACCCUUACCACUCCUUGCAUCCUCUUAAGCUCCUCACAGGUCCACCACCGCACUAUUCUGAUGGUAAAUGUCGUCUUUGCGGAACAGAGAUUGGUGAAUAUUUUUAUCAUUGUUCUUCUUGUAACUUCACUGUGGAUUUCCAUUGUGUUCUUAUUCCACCACAAAAAUCUCUUGUUGAUCCGAAAGUGCAUGAUCACCAACUCACCCUUCUUCCAAGACUCGAUUCUUUUACAUGUAAUGCUUGCGGUCUAAAGGGAGAUCGAAGCCCUUACGCAUGUUUUGAUUGUGGUUUCAUGAUCCAUCAAGAUUGUCUUGGCCUUCCACGUGUCAUUAACAUCAACCGGCAUGAUCACCGUGUUUCUCGUACUUCGGUUCUUGGUGACGCUGCUAUGAAUUCUGUGUGUGGAGUUUGUCGCAAGAAAGUGGAUUGGACUUGUGGUGGGUUUUCUUGCAAGAGGUGUCCUGGCUAUGUCGUUCAUUCUAAAUGUGCUACCAGAAAAGAUGUGUGGAAUGGGGAAGAACUAGAAGGAGUACCUGAAGAAGAAGAAGAUAUAGAACCAUAUGUGGUGAUAGACGACAACACAAUACAACAUUUCAGCCACAAAGAGCAUUACCUCAGAUUCAAUGAGAAUGGUGUUUUGUAUGAGGAUACCAAACGAUGCAGCGCAUGCACCCAUCCCAUCGGUCUUCAAUCUUUUUAUAGCUGUGUGAAUUGUGAUUUUUCUCUACAUCAGAAUUGUGCUGAAUGUCCUAAAAGGAGACGACAUGUACUACACAAUGAACGGCUCACUUUAGUUACAAACAAGGAGCUACAAGUCUUCAGUUGUGAUGCUUGCUAUCGAAGGUCCAAUGGUUUCAUGUACAAGGAUGAAGAUAAGGAUUUUGAUGUCUUGUGCGGUUCAAUUUCUGAGCCAUUUUUCCAUCCAAGUCAUCCCCAACAUCCCUUAUAUUACAUUCCAACAGAAGAAGUAGAAAUAUGCAAUGGUUGCAACAGAAGGGAAUCACAUGUCCUCAGGUGCAUUGAAGGUGAUUGUGGAUUUGCAUUGGGAUUCAAAUGCGCCACUCUACCACAAGUGGUGAAGAAUAGAGUAGACGAUCAUCCUCUCUCACUGUGCUAUGGCGAAGAAGAGGAGGCAAGUGGUAAAUAUUGGUGUGACAUCUGCGAGAAAGAAACCGAUUCAAAGGAAUGGUUCUACACUUGUAAAGAUCAGCGGGCUAGUUUGCAUACAAGUUGUGUGCUCGGAGACUCGACAGGGCUCAUGCCAAGAAGUUUAGCAAAGAUUUGGGGCAAAUCGUGUCAGGUGGGGCUCAAUGAUAGUGUAACUCGUCCGUUUUGCAAGGGGCGGUGUAAGGAUCGUUGCAAGUACCCUAUCUACUUCAAGUUGCUUGGAAGAACCUCAGAGACAUACCUUUGCUCCGUUUCUUGCACAUAUUGGUUUCGUUGAUGAGGAAAGAUGUUUUAUUCGUUCAAGUUUCUUAUAUUCUUCCUUGGACAAGUUCACUUCCAUUAUGAAUUUGAUGAUCUCUAUCGAACUUAUUUUUAUUUUAUUUUAAAAA